UCGUUAAAUAAAUUGCAUAAAUACUGUACCUGGUAGAAAACGUAUGUCUGUUCCAGUUUCAUUACAAUUUUCGCGGCGGUGGCGGUGAUAAGAAAAUCAGCUGACGGCUUGGCUUGUUUGUAAAUAAAAGUUUACGGCUCUGAAAAUACCAUUCUCGAUUGUGCAACAAAUUUAAGUAAAAUUUCGAAUUAUAUAUGCUGUGGAACCAUCCACAACAGAAACAGAAUGCUUCGUCUGCCUGUAACGCGAUACUUAUCCGCUUUGGUGCAAUCCACGGCGACCCAUACAGCCACCGGAAGGCUGUACUGCUCAACCGCCAAAGUGUGCUGGAGCUGCUCGAAGCCAUUGGUGAAGAAGGAUAAAUUCUUCUGUGGCAGUUGUGGAACACUGCAGCGAGUCGAAGAUGUGGAUUACUUUAAACUGCUAGACGUUUCGAACCGGUUCGACGUGGAUUCAUCUGCGUUAACCUCAAACUUCCGACGGUUGCAAAGCAUGCUCCACCCGGACAAAUUCAGUCGACGGUCCAACGAAGAAAAAGCCAACUCCCUCGAAUGGAGCUCACUAGUAAACAAGGCAUACAAAACCCUAAACACACCACUAACCCGAGGCCGGUACAUACUUAAGCGAAAUGGGGUUCAAAUUUCCGAGGAGAAUACUUCGGUUGAUCCGGAGUUUCUCAUGGACAUGAUGGACAAGAAUGAGGCCGUUGAGGAAGCCUCGAACUAUGACGAUUUGGAUGAAAUCGGCCAAACGUUGAAGGCAGAAAUCGAUGAGCUGUACGAGAAGCUGAACGAUAGCUUUCUGGAGAAUGACUUGGAGCAGGCAAAGGAAAAUCUAAUCCGGUUAAAGUAUUUAUUAAAUAUUGAAGCAGUUGUAAAGGAAAAGUUGCUGAAAUACAAAGUGUAGUAGAUCUAGAUAUUGAUUAUCAAAUUUUAAAAAUCAGUUUUUGUUUCGCUUCAUGAGUAGGUAUAAUGUUUUUGGCAUCAAUUUUAGAAUAAUAAAAACUAAGCUCUA